CCCAGCCCGCGCGGGGCGCACGGCCGCCAUGGGUCGCUGCGCCCUCGCCCUGGCCGUGCUGUCGGCCCUGCUGUGCCAGGCCUGCAGCUCCGGGGUGUUCGAGCUCAAGCUGCAGGAGUUCGUCAACAAGAAGGGGCUGCUGGGGAACCGCAACUGCUGCCGCGGGGGCGCGGGGCCGCCGCCGUGCGCCUGCAGGACCUUCUUCCGCGUGUGCCUCAAGCACUACCAGGCCAGCGUGUCCCCCGAGCCGCCCUGCACCUACGGCAGCGCCGUCACGCCCGUGCUGGGCGUCGACUCCUUCAGCCUGCCCGACGGCGCGGGCGCAGACCCCGCCUUCACCAACCCCAUCCGCUUCCCCUUCGGCUUCACCUGGCCGGGCACCUUUUCUCUGAUCAUUGAAGCUCUCCACACAGAUUCUCCCGAUGACCUCACAACAGAAAACCCAGAAAGACUCAUCAGCCGCCUGGCCACGCAGAGGCACCUGACCGUGGGUGAGGAGUGGUCUCAGGACCUGCACAGCAGCGGCCGAACCGACCUCAAGUAUUCCUACCGCUUCGUGUGUGAUGAGCAUUACUACGGGGAGGGCUGCUCCGUCUUCUGUCGCCCCCGAGACGACGCCUUUGGCCACUUCACCUGCGGGGAGAGAGGGGAGAAGGUCUGCAACCCUGGCUGGAAAGGCCAGUAUUGCACUGAACCAAUCUGCCUGCCGGGGUGCGACGAGCAGCACGGGUUUUGUGACAAGCCAGGGGAGUGCAAGUGCAGGGUGGGUUGGCAGAGCCGGUACUGUGACCAGUGUAUCCGCUACCCCGGCUGUCUCCACGGCACCUGCCAGCAGCCCUGGCAGUGCAACUGUCAGGAGGGCUGGGGGGGCCUCUUCUGCAACCAGGACCUGAACUACUGCACCCACCACAGGCCCUGCAGGAAUGGGGCCACCUGUACCAACACCGGGCAGGGAAGCUACACCUGCUCCUGCCGGCCCGGGUACUCGGGGGCCAACUGCGAGACGGAGAUCGACGAGUGUGGCACCAGCCCCUGCAGGAACGGAGGCAGCUGCACGGAUCUGGAGAACGGCUACUCUUGCACCUGCCCACCCGGCUUCUACGGCCGAAUCUGCGAGCUAAGCGCCAUGGCAUGUGCGGACGGCCCCUGCUUCAACGGGGGACGGUGCUCGGACAACCCCGAGGGAGGGUACACCUGCCGCUGCCCUGUGGGCUUCUCCGGCUUUAACUGUGAGAAGAAGGUGGAUUCCUGCCGGUCUUCACCCUGUUCUAAUGGUGCCCAGUGCGUGGCCCUCGGUGACGCUUACCUGUGCCGCUGCCCGGCCGGCUUCUCGGGGAGGCAGUGCGAGGACAACGUGGACGACUGCGCCUCCUCCCCGUGUGCCAACGGGGGCACCUGCCGCGACGGCGUGAAUGAGUACUCCUGCACCUGCCCCCCGGGCUACACGGGCAGGAACUGCAGCGCCCCGGUCAGCCGGUGUGAGCACGCGCCCUGCCACAACGGGGCCACCUGCCACGAGAGGGACCGGCGCUACCUGUGCGAGUGCGCCCGGGGCUACGGGGGCCCCAACUGCCAGUUCCUGCUGCCCGAGCCGCCGCCGGGCCCGGUGGUGGUGGAUCUCACCGAGAAGUUUGUGGAGGGCCAGGCCGGGCCCUUCCCCUGGGUGGCCGUCUGCGCGGGCGUGGUGCUCGUCCUCAUGCUGCUGCUGGGCUGCGCCGCCGUCGUGGUCUGCGUGCGGCUCAGGCUGCAGAAGGACCGGCCCCCGGCCGAGGCGUGCCGUGGGGAGACGGAGACCAUGAACAACCUGGCCAACUGCCAGCGUGAAAAGGACAUCUCGGUCAGCGUCAUCGGGGCCACGCAGAUCAAGAACACCAACAAGAAGGUGGACUUCCACGGGGACCACGGGGCCGACAAGAAUGGCCUCAAGGCCCGCUACCCCGCAGUGGACUAUAACCUGGUGCAGGACCUCAAGGGCGACGCUGCUGCUGCCGCCGCCGCCCCCGCCAGGGACGCUCACAGCAAGCCUGACACCAAGUGCCAGCCCCAGGGCCCCGCCGGGGAGGAGAAGAGCGCCCCGCCGCUCAGGGGCGGAGACGCCUCCGAUAGGAAAAGGCCAGACUCGGUGUAUUCCACUUCGAAAGACACCAAGUACCAGUCGGUGUACGUCAUAUCGGAGGAGAAAGACGAGUGUGUCAUAGCCACUGAGGUGUGAAAUGGAAGUGAUAUGGCAAAAAUCCCGUUUCUCUUAAAAAUAAAUAAAAUUCCAAGGAUAUAUGCCCCAGUGGAUGCUGCUUGAAAGAGGAAGGGAGACCCACGGACUGCUGCUGAGAACCGACUGGACGGAGCGGGUUCUCCCCGGAGGUCGGCCGGGGGCGCGGGCUCAGCUCGGCGGCGUCCGGGGGGCCUGUUGCACUGCCUUCUGGGACGUUCCAUUGCACUAUGGACAGUUGCUUUUUAAAAAAAUAUAUAUUUAAAUGAAUGGACUUAAUUACUACAUAAGAAGCAUGCACUGCCUGAAGUGUAUAUUUUGGAUUCUUAUGAGCCAGUCUUUUCUUGAAUUAGAAUCACAAACACUGCCUUUAUCGUCCUUUUUGAUACUAAAAUGUGUUUUUUCUAGGUGGAAAAAAAAUGUGUGUUAUUUUUUGGACUUGUAAAAAUAUUUUUCAUGAUAUCUGUAAAGCUUGAGUAUUUUGUGAUGUUCAUUUUUUAUAAUUUAAAUUUUGGUAAAUAUGUACAAAGGCACUUCGGGUCUAUGUGACUAUAUUUUUUUGUAUAUAAAUGUAUUUAUGGAAUAUUGUGCAAAUGUUAUUUGAGUUUUUUACUGUUUUGUUAAUGAAGAAAAUCCUUUUUAAAAUAUUUUUCCAAAAUAAAUAUUAUGAAUGACA